AUGUCAACUCAGAAUGGGUCCACUACGUGCGAGAAGUGUGGUGGAAAAGUGAAUACCAUAACUUCCUGGUGCACUCCGUGCAACGCCGAACUGUUUGAAAAGGAGUUUCCAACCUGGACAAGUGGUAUUGCCGAAGUCGACGAGUUUCUACGUAAUACUCAAAUAACCGCUGAGCGGUGUGAGAGUGUUUUCGUGUGGGUGGACCCUUCAGAGUUUACUCAACUUGAAAAAGUUGAAUACUCGAAAAAUAAUAUGGCUUACUGGAAAGAAGGUCAUCUUUUAGGUUGGGACUUAAAAUCAAAUAAAAAAAUUCAAUACGGUGGUCAGUGGGUUAAGUUGGUGACCAAUUAUUGUGGUGAGAAACAUUUAGCGACAAAGUUUCUUAAAUCGCUCGAAUUUUCAAAAAAUAAUCCGUCCGAGCGACUUGUUUACGGAAUAACUCGUGACCCUAUAACUAAUUAUUAUGCUGUAAUUGAAAAAGUAGUAGACAAGUGCUCCUCUUGCCAUAAUGAAUGGAUGUCACCUCGUUGGUGUCGUGGUUGUAAUUCUGAUGGUCGUAUUCGAAAAUGGGAUUCCAAUGCAAAUAAAUGGGAACGAGGGGAUCCCAUGUUUGUUGCUUUGAAAGAAAUAGAAAAGGAAGAUGGAGGUAUCAAUGAAUUUCUUCGAGAGGCCAAGGCAAUGACUCAAUGUCGAGAGGUUAAUUUGGGAUCCUUAGAUUGCUAUGGCAUUACACGACACCCCGAAACACAAAGUUAUCUAAUUGUCAUGCGUUAUGUCGAACAUGGAAAUUUACGAAAGUAUCUAUCUGAUUUUGUUACAAAUCCCUGGAAAGACCGUUUAGAUAGACUUUGGAGUCUCUCAAUUGACCUCCGCAGUAUUCACCGUUCAAAUCUUGUGCAUCGUGACUUACAUGCUGGAAAUGUCCUUCUUGGUGAGAAUAAACGUAGCUUUAUUGCUGAUCUUGGAUUAGCUUGCGAUGAUG